CGCGAUCGACGCGCGCGCACGCAUCACGGCGUCCGUUCCAGCGUUCGGGUACCCCCCGCGUCACGCCCGCGCGCUCGCGUUCCAUCGCGCGUCCCCGCGCGUCCGGUCGAUCGUUCCCUCCCCGCGGAGGAGUAGGAGCGGCGAAAGGGGCGCGACGACGAUGUCGACGCCGGGGCGAAAGGCGUCGAACCCCGGCGCCGCGCCCGGGGGCCCGGUCGGCACCGCCGCGAAGCUCACGGCGAUGGCGUUCACGACGACGAAGACGGUCGCGACCGUCGCCGGGUGCGGCUACGUCGGCGUCUGCGCGCUGCUGUACUUCGUCCAGCGCAAGCUCCAGUACUUCCCGACGAGGGAAGAUUCGCCCGCGGUGCGCACGCUCCCGGAGCCGUGCCGAGACAUCGAAGAGAUCGCGAUCCGGACGUCCGACGGGGAGACGCUCAAGGCGUGGCACUGGCCCGCGCCGUCCAACGGGAAGCACAAGAAGGUCAACGUCCUCCAGCUGCACGGGAACGCGGGCUCGAGGCACAACCGACUGUACUGGGCGCAUCACCUUCGGAACAAGCUCGGAUGCGGCGUCACGCUGCUCGACUACCGCGGCUACGGCGGAAGCACCGGCGUCGUGACCGAACCCGGGAUGAUCAAGGACGGCGUCGCGGGCGUGCAGUGGGCGUCCACGCGCGCCGCGGAGGACGGAUGCAAGCUCGUGCUUCACCUGGAGUCCAUAGGCAGCGGCGCGGGCGUGUGCGCGCUCGGGGCGAUGGCGGACGCGGGGGACGCCGCGGGGAAAACCGUCGCCGGCGUCGUCGCGGAGGGCGGCCUGAGCUCGUGCGUGGAGAUCGCGGAGAAGAUCUUCACGUGGCUGCCGCUGCGGCUGCUGAUGAAGGAUAAGUGGCUGGGCGUGUGUCGCGCCGCGGGGAAGCUGUCGCCGUCGAUGCCGUUUCUGUCGAUUCACGGGGAGAAGGACGAGAUCGUGCCGCUGUGGUGCGGGAAGAAGUUGUUCGCCGCCGUCGCGGGGGAGGAGGGGAAGAACAAAAUAUUCCACGAGGUCCCGCGGGGUGGGCACAACAACCUCAUGGAAAUGCCGGGGUACUUUCCCAAACUGGACGCCUUCUACACGAAGGUCGAGGAGGCGUGACCGGGGUUGUCGUCGCAACUGAUGACGC